AUGUCCAGUUUUUUCAACUCCUUAUUCAACUCGAAGGCUUUGUCCUUACAACAAGAUGCGUCUUUAACGAAACUCUUCCACGUUAACAAUGCGCCUGUGAAUUCGUUCUGUAACACAGUUCCUGUACUCCAACCUUCGUUGGUGUCAACGCCAUUUGGACAAUCGCUGGUCUGUAUAUUUGUCCUUGUUGUUUAUUUUGUCUUGUACCAACUCCAAGGUUCACGUACAGGUGUUGAAUCGAGACUCUUAGUCUCUCUGAUCCUCGGUGCUGUGCUCUUUGCCUUGCUGACGUUCAACGACUGGUUCGACUUGAGAAACCAAAUUGUGCUGUGCAACGAUUACAAGAACGGAGUACUGAAUCUGUACCAGGUGAGUGAACUCAUCGAAAAGUACAGAUUGAUCAAUUUCAUCUCCAUCUAUAAGGACCUGAUCGUCAGUAAUAUGUACAAGUACGCAGGUUUGGCUAUUCGUCAGUUUAUCACACAGGUUAAGAGCCUUGUGGUUGAUGGAUGGAGAGAGGCUUAUGGUCAUAUUCAAAAGCUGAGAGCAAAGUAG